CUAUCACAAGAGUGGAGCAAAAAGAGAGCACUGCAAGUUGCCGCCCCUCUUCCUUGUUUAUCUUGAGUGUGUGUGGUGGGGUCUGUGUGUGUGUGUGUGUGUGUAUAUGGUUGUGAAUGAGUCUAGGCUGGAUGCCUGCACUCCCUGUUUCCCAUCAACGUAAAGUGAGAGCAGAUGGAAGACUGAGAAGCGAGAAAGGAGGAGGAGAAAGAGAAAAUAAAAGGGCAAGACAAAGAGGAGGAGACUGUUUGGCUGACUUUAGCGAUCUCUGGCUGGAGAAAGAACUGCCACACUAGACCUACACACACACUACGAUGUCACUGUAGGACAUUAACGGUGUCAGAAAGAGAGUAAGAAAGUUGAAGUGUUUUGAAAUUUGCAUUUUGACGGACUUUACAACUUUUCUAACCGGGCCAGCUGUCAGAGAAGCAUACGGCACACAAGGUUUAACUGUCCUGACGUUACUUUAACACCAGGGAAAUUAUGAUUAGUCCUUGAAAAGGAAGAAGGGAAGCCAUGUCAUUCUUUGGCUUAGACUGUACACGGAAGAAAGAAAAAGAGGUGGAGAGGAAAAUCAGAGCAAAUGACAGAGAAUAUAACUCAUCCUUCAAAUAUGCUACCAAUUCCAUCAAGACCUCCAAAUACAAUCCCUUCACUUUUCUGCCUCUUAACUUGUUUGAGCAGUUCCAGAGAAUUGCCAAUGCCUACUUCCUCUUCCUGCUCAUCCUACAGGUUAUUCCUGCUAUUUCCUCUCUGCCCUGGUUCACCACUGUCGUCCCACUAGUCUUAGUAUUAUCGGUGACUGCAGCCAAAGACGCCACUGAUGAUAUUAAUCGCCACAGAAGUGACAGGAAGGUGAAUAACCGUAAAGUGAAUGUGCUCAUCAAUGGAAAACUGAUAAGUGAGAAAUGGAUGAAUGUGCAAGUGGGAGACAUCAUAAAGUUGGAGAACAACCAGUUUGUCACAGCAGAUUUGCUCCUGUUGUCCAGCAGCGAACCUCUCAACCUAGUGUACAUAGAAACUGCGGAGCUGGAUGGAGAAACCAACCUGAAGGUUAAACAGUCUCUGACGGUAACAGGAGACAUGGGAGACAAUUUAGAGGCUUUGGCUGCAUUCAAUGGGGAGGUGUGCUGUGAGCCUCCUAACAACCGUCUGGAUCGCUUUACGGGCACGUUGACGUUCGACACGCAGAAAUACUCGCUGGACAACGAGCGAGUCCUACUCAGGGGCUGCACGCUCAGAAACACUGACUGGUGUUUUGGCCUGGUGCUGUUUGCAGGGCCAGAGACUAAAUUGAUGCAGAACUGUGGGAAAAGCACCUUUAAGAGGACAAGUAUCGAUCGACUCAUGAAUGUACUGGUGCUCUUUAUUUUUGGGCUUCUGGCUCUGAUGUGUAUUAUUCUGGCUGUGGGAAAUGGGAUUUGGGAAAACCAUGCAGGGUCAAAGUUCAAUGCCUUUCUUCCACGAGAAGAGAACAUUGCAUUUUCAGCGUUCCUCACUUUUUGGUCCUACAUUAUAAUCCUCAACACUGUGGUGCCCAUUUCACUAUAUGUCAGUAUGGAAGUGAUUCGGUUAGGCAACAGUUACUACAUCAACUGGGACAGGAACAUGUAUCACGCACGAACUGACACGCCAGCUGAGGCUCGAACGACAACGCUCAACGAAGAGCUCGGUCAGAUCAAAUACAUCUUCUCAGACAAAACCGGCACGCUUACCCAGAACAUCAUGACCUUCAACAAAUGCUCCAUUAAUGGGAAAUCUUACGGAGAUGUUAUUGACAACUACAGUGGACAGAGGCUGGAGAUCACAGAGGAAAUGACACCAGUGGAUUUCUCCUUCAACCGGCUUGCGGACCCAAAAUUCCUCUUUUAUGAUCAUACUCUGGUAGAGGCUAUAAAGCUGGAGCUUCCAGACGUUCAUGCUUUCUUCAGAUUGCUGGCUCUCUGUCACACUGUCAUGGCAGAGGAAAAAAAGGAGGGUGAUCUGGUAUACCAGGCCCAGUCUCCUGAUGAGGGCGCUCUGGUCACGGCCGCACGUAAUUUCGGCUUUGUGUUCCGCUCACGCAGUCCUGAGACAGUGACAAUAGAGGAGAUGGGGAUUCAGAAGAGCUAUGAGCUGCUAGCCAUUUUGGACUUUAACAAUGUGCGAAAAAGGAUGUCUGUUAUUGUUCGUAAUCCAGAGGGCAAACUCUCUCUGUACUGUAAAGGAGCAGACACCAUCGUAUAUGAGAGACUACAUCCCUCCUGCAGCGAACUGAUGAAGGUCACCACAGAGCACCUCAAUGAGUUUGCUGGUGAGGGGUUGAGAACUCUUGUUCUAGCUUAUAAGGAUUUGGAUGAGGAAUAUUUUGCAGAGUGGAAACAGCGCCAUCAUGAGUCCAGUGUGGCGCUGGAGGACCGGGAGGAGAAACUGGAGAAACUAUAUGAGGAGAUAGAGAAAGACAUGAUGUUAAUUGGAGCCACAGCCAUAGAGGAUAAACUUCAGGAUGGAGUUGCUCAGACCAUUGAACAGCUGGCCAGAGCAGAAAUCAAAAUCUGGGUGCUCACUGGUGACAAGCAAGAGACUGCUGAGAACAUUGGCUACUCAUGUAACCUGCUGAGGGAGGAGAUGAACGACGUGUUUAUAGUUGCAGCUAACUCACCCGAAGAGGUCAGACAGGAGCUGAGGGAUGCCCGUCUGAAGAUCCGCCCUGAAACUGAACAAGAUAAAUUGCUUAUUCCUGAGUUUAUCCUGGGUAAUACUCCUAAAGUGGUUCAGGAUGAAAACGUGAAUGGAGAAUACGGACUGGUGAUAAAUGGACACAGUCUGGCAUACGCUCUGGAGAGCAACAUGGAGCUGGAGUUUUUGCGGACGGCUUGCAUGUGCAAGACGGUCAUCUGUUGUCGGGUGACUCCUCUGCAGAAAGCUCAGGUGGUGGAGCUGGUCAAGAAAUAUAAGAAAGCAGUCACUCUAGCCAUAGGAGAUGGAGCUAAUGAUGUCAGCAUGAUUAAAGCGGCCCAUAUUGGUGUAGGUAUCAGCGGUCAGGAGGGAAUGCAGGCAGUGCUGUCUAGUGACUUCUCUUUUGCUCAGUUCCGUUUCCUGCAGCGCCUCCUGCUGGUACAUGGUCGCUGGUCAUACCUGCGCAUGUGCAAGUUCCUGCGCUACUUUUUCUAUAAGAACUUCACCUUUACCUUUGUGCACUUCUGGUACGCAUUUUUUUGCGGCUUUUCCGCUCAGACAGUAUACGAUGAAGGCUUCAUCACUUUGUAUAAUUUGGUAUACACUGCCCUGCCUGUUCUGGGAAUGAGUUUAUUUGACCAGGAUGUGAAUGCUGGCUGGAGUCUUGAGUACCCUCAGCUGUAUGUGCCAGGGCAGUUAAGUCAGUACUUUAGUAAACGUGCUUUCAUGAUGUGUGCACUUCACAGCUGUUACAGCUCCCUAGUGCUGUUCUUUGUGCCUUACGCUGCCACAUAUGACACGGCGAGAGACGACGGCAAAGAUGGUGCAGACUAUCAGUCAUUUGCACUGAUUACUCAAACCUGCCUCACCGUCACUGUGUGUGUACAGUUGGGGCUGGACCUCUCAUACUGGACUGUUGUUAACCAUCUCUUCGUUUGGGGAAGUUUGGGAAUGUUCUUCAUAUUGACCUUUACCAUGUUUACAGAUGGACUUUUUCGAUUACAUCCACCUUCUUUUGCAUUUGUAGGAACUGCCCGAAAUUGUCUUAACCAGCCCAAUGUGUGGCUGACUGUUACAUUGACAGCUAUACUGUGUGUUCUGCCUGUGUUUGCUUACCGGUUCUUCUGCGGUCAGAUCUUUCCUACCAUCAACGACAAGGUGAGGUAUAAGGUACGUCCAAUGAAAGAACCUGCUCCUCGCCCGCGCCGCACCAGGCUCACCCGAAGGAGCACACGUCGGUCUGGUUAUGCCUUCUCUCACGCCCAUGGUUAUGGUGACCUUGUGACCUCUGGCCGAUUUUUGCGGCGACACACACCCAUUCGCACCAUGGGCUUGAUUCCCACAGGACGCUCUCCUGGCUUUAAGCCCACAGGUCGGUCUGCGGGUUACAGCCCGGUCGGGCGAGAACAAAACCCCAAACAGAAAGUUGAACCAACGUCACUGCAGAUGUUCCGUGCGGUUAAAGACUCUUCCUUUUGAACGGUGCAGCUUUUCAGCCAGAGCUAGGACCAAAAUCUUAAAUGCUGUUUACAGGGUUUGAACUCUUGGGGACAAUUUCACAGCUGCUGCGUUGUGUAUAUAGCAGAAUAUAUAUACGCACACUAAGAACAAAAGACUUGAUUCCUAAAUGUACGAAAUCUUAGGGAGCGUGCAUAGACACACUUGUCACUCAAAAUGCAAGUGCGGUUUACAGCAAGAACAAACUGAAAUAUCCAUCAUGCUGAAGGACAGGGAGUACUUGUCCUUUUUUCUGUCAUCACUACAAUGGGAGUGACAGACAUACUGGACUGUAAGAGAGCAAAUAACAAUGAAAGCACAGAACAUGAUGUCAUUAUAGGAAGUCAUGACUGAUCUAAUUCAAAACACUGUUUCCUGUUCUCCUCCUUUUCCAGGUACUACGCCCACUAAUGCAUUUUGACUUGAGUCCUGAUUUUAAUAUGCACCACACCACACCAAAACAUUUUUUAGUCAUUUCGUAUCUCAAAGGAGUCAUAUCAUCCAUCAGAGGUCAAUUUAUAAUGUUAAUCACCUGUUUUUUUCUGUUGACCUUUAGAAUUAAACAGGCCUUUUUGCUACUGUACCUUUAAGAGCUCCAUAUAAGAGCCUUCUUAGGAUGUGAAAUGAAUGCCUGUUCACACCAAGAACGUUAACGAUAAUGAUAACUAUAUUAGCAACCAAACCAGUGCACGAUAACAUUGUUCAAUUUAAGUGCACGCUUCAGUUUUGUCAUCUGACGCUUUAAAUGCUCAAGCUCUUUUAAAGGAGAAGUUCACUUCGAGAACAAAAAUUUACAGAUAAUGUACUCACCACAUUGUCAUCCAAGAUGUUCAUGCCUUUUGUCUUCAGUCGUAAAGAAAUCGUUUUUUUGAGGAAAACAUUUCAGGAAUUCUCCAUAUAGUGGACUUCUAUGGUGCCUGCGACUUUAAACGUCAAAAAUGCAGCUUCAAAGGUCUCUAAAUGAUCCCAGCCGAGGAAUAAGGGUCUUAUCUAGUAAAACGAUCAGUCAUUUCCUAAAAAAAAUAAAAAUUUAUAUGCUUUUUAACCUCAAGUGCUCGUCUUGUCUAGCUCUGCGAUGCACAUGCAUACUCUGUGUAAUCCGGGUCAAUACAGUUUAGGGUAUAUUGAAAAACUCCCAUCUCAUUUUUUCCUCCAACUUUAAAACGGCCUACAUCACUGUUUUACCUUUUUUUUGUAAAGGCUGUUUGACCUUCUUUUCAUGUUUACUUUGUAAACACUGAGUUGGUACUUCUGCAGCGAUGUAGGAUGAUCCUAAAGUUGGAAAAGAAAACAAGAUUUUUUCGACACACCUUAACUGUAUUGAUCCGGAUUACACAGAGUUCGCAUACGCAUGGCAGAGCUAGACAAGUCGAGCAUUUGAGGUUAAAAAGUAUAUAGAUUUUUAUUUUUUAUUUUUUGAAAAUGACUGAUCAUUUUGCAAGAUAAGACCCUGCAUUUAAACUGCCUUUUGGACAUUCAGACUCGCAGGCAACAUUGAAGUCCACUAUAUGGAGAAAAUUCCUGAAAGGUUUUCCUCAAAAAACAAUUUCUUCACGACUGGAGAAAUAAAGGCAUAAACAUCUUGGAUGACAAUGGGGUGAGUCUGAUUAUCUGUCAAUGUUUUGUUUUGUUUUUUUUUUCAUUUAGAAAGUGAUUCCAAUGAUAUUGUUCCUCUGUGUCAUUAUUGUUAUAAUUUUAGAAUGAUUUUUAAAACUAUAUCUUAAUUGUUAUAGUUAUCAUUGUUGGUGUGAAUAGGCCUUGACAGUGCUGAAAUGGCCCUCAAAUAGUUAAGACCGGACUGACUUGAUCAAGGACCUUGUUAAAAAUAAAGUCAGUCGCUCUACUAAUUUUGGGAUGUAUUGGAAGUCAACACAGAGUCACACAAACUACAGUAAACGACAGCCAAAAAUAGCCUAUAUCUUACUUAUCUUUACCAACUUGUUACCAGCUCAUAUAAUCAUAUCUAUAAUAGUGUCCAUCCCACUUCCUCCUCAUUAUUUCAUCGUGACUAGGCAGACCAAGCUGCUGAAUAGACAUUAUUGUGUACAUGCAGGGGGUUUGUGUUAAUAUAUUCAUCACUUUGACAACACAAAGUCACCGCUUCCAGAACAGGACAUUUUUGCAGAUUUAUUUCUAUACAUGCUUUUUCUUUGGAUUUGGACAGGGGUUUUGACUUCCAAAUGUUUCAUAUUGUUAAAUCCCAAAGACAAGCAUUUAAAAAAGAUCAAGGAAACAUCCAUUUUUCAUGUCAUGACUUUAUUUUGCCUAUGUUUAGAGGUAAAAAGAAACGAGGAGACCAGUUUGAACACAUUCACAGUAUAGAGUGCCUUGCAUAUUACUUUGAUUUAAAGAUCAGUGUUAGUACAAAGACUUCUUAUGGUUUGGGAACAUACAAAUGUAUAUUCAGUACAGUAAAAAAAACAUUUUAAUUCAGCUUUACUCGGUAUACAAAUGUACAUCAUAUUCAUACUCUAAUUGUACUAUGCAAAUCCUGUACAAUCAAAAACAUUUUGUACAAAUAAAAUACUUUUUUACUCU